AUGAAAGAUCGUAUCGAGCGGCUUCAGGAACAGGUCAACACCCUGUUUGAGAGCAUCAAUGGCCUCCAUCGACAGACCGAGUCGCCCGCGGUGGACAACACCUCCCAGCUAAGCCGGGAAGCGUCGAGGUCGAUAUCCUGGCACCAGCCCACGUUCGAGACACAGAAUAUCCCUAUACCAAAGCCAAGGACGAAACAUCUCCGCUUCUAUGGGCCUACCAGCACCGCGUUCAACUUCGCCGUGGCCAAAUCCAGUCUCCAGACCAUGGGCAUCACCCAUAUAGAUGACGGCUCGCAGGAGAUAUACAAUGCACAAGACGCCACGCCCACACAGACACCACCGUACCAUUCGUCUGCGCUAUAUGCGAACUCUCUAACGUCAAACAAGGACCCGUUGUUCGCGAUCAAGCGGGAGGAGGCCAUUCGGCUGUGUAGAGUGUACGAGGAUGAGAUAGGGCAGAUGUACCCCAUGUUCGACGUGGAAAAGAUGAUCACGCAGACAAACCUCCUUUUCGCCUUCCUAGAAGCUGCGGACCGGAAUGUCUGUACGGGACGGUCCAGGACCAGUGCUGAUUGCCUGAAUGACGACGAUACUGCGAUCCUGAAGAUUGUGCUGGCCAUCACCCUUCUCCUUGAAGGCAACGGACAGAGCGAGCUAGGCACUCAGCUGUACAUCAGUAUCAAAGACAAGAUAGAGACCAACCUUUGGGAGCAGGGAGACCUGAAGAUGAUCAAGCUUCUUGCCCUUGUCGCUACCUAUCACUUUCACACGGACGAUGAGGUCCUGGCGUACCGUAUGGUUGGACUUGCUGCUAGGAUGUGCAUUGAAAUGGGACUACAUCGACGGGAUGCCGUCUUGAAGACGUUCCACUCCCCGGAGGAUAUCACUACCGUUUAUCGAAUCUUUUGGUCUGUAUACACCUUGGACAAACGAUGGGCGUUUGGAACCGGCCUUCCCUUUGUUAUACAGGAUGAAGAUAUUGAUCCAUGCUUACCCGAACCAGACGAGGGUGUCCCUUACUUAAGGGCCAUGGUUCAUUACUGCCGUAUAGCAUCCAAAGUAUGGUACUCUGGCUUUGGGUCAAAGGCCGACCUGACCGUCAAAAAGGACAGGAUGGGCUACCUUGACUAUCAGAUUGUCGAGUGGAUGAAACACAUCCCAGAUCCCCUCAACUUUUAUUCAGUUGAUAACUCCCGCAAUUCAGAAGGCGUCAACCGUAGUAUACAGAGGCUACGCUACGUUUUAUAUAUCCGAGGAAACCAUAUGAGGAUACUUAUAUACCGACCAGUGUUGCACUCUGCCACUAGCAUCAUCGAGAAUAUGGCAUAUGCUCAGACAGUGGUGGAAAUUGCAAAGGAUACCAUUCGCGUUUUGAGUGAACUCAACCGGACAACCGACAUCUACCGUUCACAGCAGAUCCUCUUCAACUAUUUCCUUGUUGGAGCUCUUGUCGUUCUCUUCCUUGCUAUAUCUCACGCCCCCGUCAAGUUCAACCGCCAGCUAACGGAAGAAUUCCACAUGGCUCUCAACCUUGUCAAGGGAUUCAGCACCAAGUCUUACAUAUCUAAGCGGCUAUGGAAAAUGAUCAAGGGCCUGCGUGAAGUCGGGGAAAGGCUCGGACUGCUACCCCAUACUCUACCUACAGAGUCGGCAGACCCCCAUUCCACAGCGGCUGUAGCCAUGGCCGGGCUUGCAGGGCAUUCGGUUGAUGGGAUCUCACCUUACGGAACGCACCAACACACGAACGGAGAACUAGGGAGCAGCCCGAUGAACGGUGUACAAAUGAGCAACGAGCUUACUUAUCUGUUUGAAGCGAUUGAAAAUUAUAAUGGGUACAUCACAACGGCUUCGGCACCCGAUGGGAUGAACGGUGGAGGCUUUGCUGGCACUGAGCAUACUUUGCCCAGCGCCGGAGAGGCGCUACCCGUACUGGGCAACGAAGGAGAGUUUUCGAGGAUUAUACAGGACCUCUUCUGA